GGAUCCUGUGACGCUUGGGCUGAAAGCGCCGGAGUCGGGGCGGCCUGGACUCCCCUCCCCCCGCCUAACCCAUUGGGAUUUCGGGUGAACAGCGCCGCGAGCCCAGUCGCCGAGGACCCCAGGCGUUGCACGGGUCAGACGAGCCGGGAAGCUCUCGCCGUGCGAUGGAGCUUGUGCAGGAUGGGGAACAGCACAUCAUCAUCUGCAUCAGCACCUGCUCCUGUGAAUCAGAUUCAAGAAACCAUUUCUGAUAAUUGUGUGGUGAUUUUCUCAAAAACAUCUUGUUCUUACUGUACAAUGGCAAAAAAACUUUUCCAUGACAUGAAUGUUAAGUAUAAAGUGGUGGAAUUGGACAUGCUUGAAUAUGGAAGCCAAUUUCAAGAUGCUCUCUACAAAAUGACUGGUGAAAGAACUGUGCCGAGAAUAUUUAUCAAUGGAACUUUUAUUGGAGGUGCAACUGACACUCAUAGGCUUCACAAAGAAGGGAAAUUGCUUCCACUAGUUCAUCAGUGUUAUUUAAAAAAAAGUAAGAGGAAAGAAUUUUAGUGAUGUAUGUGCUCAUAAGGUUGCUAGUAAAAUGAUAACGCCCGAUAAUGCCUUUUAAAUGUUUGAGAAUGUAUUAAAUAUGUAAAUAACCUUCAUGAAAAAGUUGUAAAACUAAUGAACAAUAAAUUGUGGAAAUCUCUCUU